UUUGUGCCCCCAAAUAUAUUGGAGUGAAGAGACAAACAAGUAAAUGGAAGGUGCAGGUCCAGUCCGCGGCUCGGCGAGCGAAGUAUCACUUUGUCCUGUGAAUCAGACCUGCCCUAAGGGAGUCCGUUGGAGGUGUGAUUAAAGGGGCAAAGUUAGGCAGUGGAGAAACAGAACGGAUGGAAAAAGAAAGAAACUUUGAGGCGCAAAUUAGCAAUUAUGGGAGAGCAUGAGUCUAGGGUCCAUUUCUUUCUUCCCAUGGAAAAACUAUCCUCAAAUGACCAAAAAUUCCUGGAUCUCGACCGCUUCUGUUCAUUUGACAUAUUUUGUACCUCCGAGGCCACCGUUCUUCCAAAGGAGUUAUGGUAUCUAGAGCGGGGAUUUCAUUGGGCACAUCCUCCUCUCUUGCCCGUACUUGCUAUGGCGGCUCGCGGGGUCCGGCAGCGGCUGAAGGGAAGCAGCGGCGGUAGCAGCGGCGCAGAUACGGCCAAAUUGCGGGAGGAACUUCUGGGCCGAGAAGCGACGAUUGCCUCGGAUCAGCGACCUGAGCCACCUGGGAGUAAAGCAGGACAAGUCUGGGCACCUGAAGGGUCCACUGCUUUCAAGUGCUUGAUCUCAGCUCGAUUCUGUGCUGCCCUCCUGAGUAAUAUUUCUGAUUGUGAUGAAACAUUCAACUACUGGGAACCAAUGCACUACCUCAUCUUUGGGAAUGGGUUCCAGACAUGGGAAUAUUCCCCAGCUUAUGCUAUUCGAUCCUAUGCUUACCUGUGGCUUUAUGCCUUGCCAGCUAUGUUCCAUGCAAAAGCCCUACAAACUAACAAGGUUCUCAUCUUUUACUUUUUGCGAUGUAUCCUGGCUUUUGUGAGCUCUGUUUGUGAACUUUACUUUUAUAAGGCUGUGUGCAAGAAGUUUGGCCUCCAUGUGAGUCGAUUGAUGCUAGCAUUUUUAGUUCUCAGCAGUGGGAUGUUUUGCUCAUCGGCAGCCUUUCUUCCUAGCAGCUUCUGUAUGUACACAACCGUGAUAGCUAUGACUGGCUGGUUCAUGGACAAGACUUCCAUUGCUGUGCUGGCAAUAGCUGCUGGGGCUAUUGUUGGCUGGCCAUUCAGUGCAGCUCUAGGAUUACCUAUUGCCUUUGAUUUGCUGAUCAUAAAAAGAAGGUGGCAGAGCUUUCUUCACUGGUCACUAUUGGCUUUAGUACUCUUUCUGGUACCAACAGUGGUCAUUGAUAGCUACUAUUAUGGGAAGUUGGUGAUUGCACCUCUCAACAUUGUUUUGUAUAAUGUUUUUACAGCCCAUGGACCUGAUCUAUAUGGCACAGAACCCUGGUAUUUCUAUUUAAUUAAUGGGUUUCUGAAUUUUAAUGUGGUCUUUGUAUUGGCUCUUCUGGUCUUACCACUAACUUCCCUCAUGGAGAUCCUGUUGCAGAGAUUUCAUGUUCAGAAUUUAGGCCGCCCCUAUUGGCUUACUUUGUCUCCAGUGUACAUUUGGAUCAUCAUCUUCUUUGCUCAGUCUCACAAAGAGGAAAGAUUUCUUUUCCCUAUUUAUCCUCUAAUAUGUCUGUGUGGUGCAGUGGCUCUUUCAGCACUUCAGAAAUGUUAUCACUUCAUGUUUCAACGAUAUCGUCUAGAACAUUACACGGUUUCUUCCAAUUGGUUGGCUUUAGGGACUGUCUUCCUCUUUGGACUGCUAUCUCUGUCUCGAUCUGUGGCAUUGUUCAGAGAGUAUCAUGGACCCCUUGAUUUGUAUCCUGAAUUCCACCAAAUUGCUACUGAUCCUGCUAUCCACACAGUCCCAGAAGGGAGGCCGGUGAAUGUCUGUGUGGGGAAAGAGUGGUACCGAUACCCCAGCAGCUUUCUUCUACCUGAGAAUUGGCAACUCCAAUUCAUUCCAUCAGAGUUCAGGGGACAGUUGCCGAAACCUUUUGCCCAGGGACCAAUGGCCACACGGAUUGUUCCCAAAGACAUGAAUGACCAGAACCAAGAAGAACCAUCCAGAUAUGUUGACAUCAGCAAAUGCCAUUAUUUAGUGGACUUAGAUACAAUGACAGAAACACCUCGGGAGCCAAGGUAUUCAUCCAAUAGAGAUGAAUGGAUCAUCCUUGCUAACAGACCAUUCCUUGAUGCUUCCAGAUCUUCAAGACUAUUUCGAGCAUUUUAUGUUCCUUUCCUGUCAGAAAAGCAUACAGUGUAUGUGAAUUAUACCAUCCUCAAACCCCGGAAAGGAAAGCAAGCCAGGAAGAAGAUUGGAGGUUAGGAGCACAUGUGUGGUUCCCAAAGAACCAGCCCUUGCUGCUACCUAGUGGCUACAUGGCAUACCCUCCAAUCAUCACUUGUAACAUUCACAAUAAAGAUUUUCCAACUCGAAUACUGGAAUCCAGGUGCCUCAGGCUAUUCAAAGUGAAUUAAUUACAUACUCUUGGUUCUUGCCUGUCUCUCUCUGCUCUGCCUCUAGAGCUGUGUGAACUGGAACAGCUUGGGUUAUGACAGUGAAGACUUCUCCUACAAUAUCUGUAAAUGCAUUUUCUUCUGUUCAGUUAUUUUGGACUGAAAAAAGAACAGAGCUAACCAUCAGGAAGACUUGAAAUGCUGUGUACUGGUUGCUUCUAGUAAGCUGUUCUCUACUCUAGUUGAGCACCAGAGAAACCCUCAGCCACUCUCCUGCCUUUGGGGCUUCUCCACCCUUUGCUGCUCAGCAUCUCCUCCUGGCACUCCUCCUUGUGCUUAUUCCCAGCAGUGGAAUUUGGACCAUCAGAUAUCGACUCACACAUCUUUGCUCCCCCCCCAGCAAAACCAAAUUUCUGUUAAGUACUUUGCCAGACCAGGAUUUCUAUCCUGGAGAUGUAGCUCAGGAAGGAGGCAAACUUUUGUGCAACUAUGACCUGAUUUGUAUUCUUUUGUAAUUACCCAUAAUUUCCAUUUUCUCAUUCCUUUUCAUAUAGAGUUUCUAUAAGUCGAAGCAGUGUACAUUCCCUUAAAUGCUAAGUGAAUGGGGAAUAUUUGGAGGAAAGUGCCUACUCUUAAUUCUUUGGAUGACAUCAUAAUUUUAAAAAAUAUAUUUUGUAGGAUGCAUAGCAAAUUCUGGAAGCAGUGAUUGAGAGAUAGUUUCUAAAAGACUCUGAGAGGAAGAAAAAAAGUAUAUAACUGAAAUGAGUAGGGGGGUGAAGCAAGAGGUGAAGGGGACCAGUGAGUUUUCAAUGCAUCUCUAGCAGUGCCAUUGGAAGCAGAAUCUUUGGUGAUGUAGCAAAGACACUCAGAGAAACAGAGCCAGAAAAUCAGAAAGAGCCAGAUGACCAGUCAGGAUGGUUCCCAACCCAACUAUGAAAACAUGACCUGAAAGGGGGGGUUUGGAUGAAUGCUGGAACUUUCCAUUUUAAGGAGGUGAUUUUAUUUGGGUAUGAGUUUGGGUGGGGCUGCCCAUGACUCAGACUACUGGGACCAAGCUGUUCCUUUCAGGCUAUAUUCAUGGUGUGUGGGAGUAUCUGUUUUGGUAUUGUUUGGGCAGCUCCCUCUAUAGCUAUGGGCUCCCCUGUCUCUGGAGAACAAAGAGUACACUGUUGAGUCAGAUUCCUCUGCUGGGCUCCACAGGGGUCAGCAUCAGUACUGUUCCUAAACAUUUCGGUUUAAGUAAGGUGCCAAAAAUCUUCAAGAAUAAUAAUUUCUAGUAUCUACAAGUGAGAUAAAUUAAUUUUCUGACAUUUCUAUUGCACAUUCUAGAAAAAAAGAAUGACACCUCAGCAGGACCAAAGCUUGGAGAGGAAAAGAGAGCUAGUAAGAGAAGGAAUAGUUGCUUUCCCACUUCAGAGAGUGUCUGAGACAGAGCAGAAGCGUUCAGAAGCAAUAGGUCUGGAUAGAAGAACAGACAAGAUUUGUAAGCAACAUAGAAGGUAUUUAAUGUGGGUUUCCUUAGGUGCUUCAGAGGUCCAUGACUUUAAAUUUCUUUGCCCACCCUGGCUCCAUACCAACCUGACCAAGGGCUAAAAGCAUCCAGACCUUGAAGUAAGGCCUCUACCUUCUGCCAACAUUUUUGGAAGGGUUAACAGAUUGAGCACUGAUGGAUGCCACUUAGGUAAAUGCACUGCAGUGCUUACAUGUCACUGCAGACUUAGGCAUUUGCUAGUAAGUAAAGUAGUUCAAAGGAAGGAAUUAAGUUGAAAAAGCACAAAAGUAUACUGAUGGUUCAUCUUGGCCAGGAGAUGACCCUUGGUACUCCAAGGUUACAUGGCCAAGUUCCUGUUGGAACUCCUAGCUAGGAAAGUGUGGCUCUAACCAGAGACUAUGUAUCAUUUGGUAACCAGCCUAGUUAAGUUGGGAGGAGUUUAUCAUCAGAGGGUUGGUCACAAGAUGAUGAAUUUGGGGGGUCAUAUUAAUUUAUAAAGAUGGUAGAGAGGAUAGAGAGUGGGUGCAGUCUGCAUUGAUGAAACAUAAAACACAAAAAAGCCUAAUCUAAGACAUUUAUCAGAAACGUCAGGUCUCACCCCUUUUGAUACUUAUUCUUAUUGAGUCUGUUAAGAGAAUCAAACCAAGAAAUGUUAUGUGUGAGGUACCUGAUGUAAGGAGAUACAAUUUCUGUCUUCAGAAAGCUAACUGUAUAAUAGGUUUGCAGGGAGAAGGGAGAACUGCUAUGGGGCCAAGGUAAGUAGCUUUCCUCAUCCAGAGAAUCAACUUCUAGCAGAAUUUUGGCUGCCCUUCCAGGGUGGUCAAUCCAUUUGUGGUGAUGACAAAAGAAUUAUUCCUGUAAAUUGUAUAUUGUUUAUUAUCAUAGUGGAGAGAAUCAUUGGACAAAAUUGGAUAGAAGAAGGCUUCUGAUUUUGUUUAAUGUUUUUGUAUUUAGGACUACUAGAUAUUAGAACUUAUUCCUGGUAGAUUAAUUUCUCUCUGCACACAAGCCCUUUAACUGCCUAACUUUAACUUCUGACUUUGUGACUUAGAGUAGCAGCAUCUCAUCACACCUAUUUUCAGUGUCUACCUGGUAGAUUUAAUCUGAUGUGAAAGCAUUCAGAUAAUUUAAUUAAUUUUUUAAAAAGUCUUAUUGAUGCUUUUUGUUUCUACCGCAUCAUUUCCGUAUAUCCCCCUCUAUUACUCCAUUCCCCACUCAUCACCCAGUGAAGUUUCUUUGAAACAAAAGAAAAAAUCUUCAUCAAAACCAACUGAGACAGCAUAGGUAACAUUUUAUACCCAUGAUCCUCCACCUCUCCAAUGAAAAGUAUGAGGUUAUUUCCUCAUCUUUUCUUCAGGGUUAAGGCUGAUCAUUACAAUUACCCUGCAAGUUCAUUCUGCUCCUGUGGCUCCUUCUUCUUAUUGAAUGAUUUCUCCCAGAACUUUGCUUUUGAGAAAAAUGUCUUCCUUUCUUUCUAGGUUCUACUCCAGAAAUCCAUACACCUGCAUUGGGUAUCUUUUCUCUCCCCUCUCCCCUUCCUCUACUCUUUCAGCCUCCUUUUAUGUGUUGUCUUCUCUCGUUAGAAUAUAAACUCUUUGAGGGCAGGGACGGCCUUUCUUUUGGUUUGUGUUUGUAUUCUCAGAACUUAACUUAGCAUGGUGCCCUGGCACAUAGUAAGUGCUUAAUAAAUUAUUAUUGAUCUGGCCUGACGUUAACAUCCAACUUUAUUUUAGUGUUCUUUUGUUCACAUUCUUAUAGUAAACUACUUUUCUGGUUCUACUUGUUCUGCUCUCCAUAAAUUCUUACAAAUCUUUCUGAGCUUCUCCAAAUUCCUCAUAGUUGCCAUUUCUUAUGGUGCAAUAAGAUUCAAUUAUACUGAUACAUUAAAUAGUUGUACAACCAUUCAUUGACUUUUUUCAGUUUUUCAUAAUCACAAAUUUCUGCUAUGAAUUUUUGGGCAUAUAUGAGACUACACAGUUCCGCCUUUGUUUUCCUUGCCCAGGAAGUGGAAUCUCUGGGUCAUUUUUAUCAAACAAUUCCAACUGGUUUUCCAGAUUAGUUGGACCAAUUCACAAUUUUAGCAAUUGCUUAUUACUGUGCCUGUCUUUCCAGAGCUCCCCCCGAUCAGUGACAUUUUCAUUUUUCAUUAUCUUUGCCAAAUUGCUAGGUGUAAGGUAAAACUUCAAAGGUUUUUUCAUUUUCACUUUCAUUUUCUUAGCGAUUUGAAAUAUGGUUGUUGGAUUUCCAUUUUUAAAAGCUGUUCAUGUCCUCUGACCAUUAUAGAUAGAUCAUUUUAACCUUUUGGAAUAUUCAUGAUUAAUGAAUAUUCCUACCACAAUCAUCCUUUACUUAGACAUCAUUGAAGACCACCCUUAGAAGCAAAUAUUUUCAUUUUAAACCAAGGUGGAAUCUCCUGAGUUUAGCCAAGUCAUUUUAUCUUUACACACAGACUUGGGAAAGGGAGAAAUUUUUGAGUUCUCCAGAAUCCUCACAACCAUAGACUCUUAGCAUUUGAAAAUAUGUUAGAGAUAAUAUAUCCCAAGACUCUCAGUUAAUAGCAGAGGAAAUUAAAACCAAAUGAGAGUCUGAUUUGCCAAAGUCCCACACCUCAGUGAAGGUCAGAUUAGAGCCCAAAGCUCUAGACAUUCAGACUAGGCCUCUUGUCAUUCUAUUAUACUGCUCCUAGGGAUGAAAAGGAGGUGAAAACUAGCACAAUUCUGGGGAUGGGAGGGAUAGUCAUUGGUAAGAAACCUCCUGGGGAAACAGGUGGUGCUCAGCUGUGCAUUUAAUGCAAGUACAUUGACGGGAAGUAUUUGUAUGGGGCCUCAAGUAUUCAGGUUGCUAUUAGACUACUCCAAUUCUUAUGUCAUAUUUCUCAUAAUCACAGUUUGUUUUUUCCCAGCCUGGGAGAAAAAGUUUAAACUGACAGUCCCUCCAUUGACACAUUAAAAAUCAUGUAUCACUGUGUUUAUAUGCUCUUCCACUAAAUGUCUUGAGUAAAUGGAUUUAAUGUUAUUUGGUUGAUCCAAAUAGACAUGUGUCUAGCUUUAAUCUUUUGAAAUAGACAGACAUCUUCUGUACAGUAUCAUUGGAUUUUAGAGGCCUCUGGUAUGUCAUUGAAUCUAAACAAGCUCUGGCUUUAAUCUUCCCAGUGUUUUAAAGUGUGUGAUUCAUAUUACAAAUGAAAUCAGGAAGCAAGAGGCUCGGCAUUGAAGCAAGGACACUCUUGUCCAGUGCUGCUCUCUCCCUGGUCUUGGUCGCUUUGUUAUUUCACGUCUCACUGUUUACAUUAUAUUCUUAUUGUAUUUACCGUGAACCAAAAGUCAAAUAAAUCCUUUGGUUUGAUUUUUUUUUUUAAA